UCGAGUGUAUCUGCAACAUGAGCCAAUGCGAGUGCAUUUAAGGCUACUGACAAGGCAUAGGAAUCAUCCACUGACAAAUGUCACAAGUAUACGGCCUGACGCCGCCUACUCAGGAGCCGUAUUGUCGCAACGGGAUCUACUGCCGUCGGACUUCGCACCACAUGGCAUACCGGAAGCUCCACUCUGGACGAUGGCAAAGCCGACGGUGAAAAUCUCAAUCCCCGGAAUAACGAAAAAGUCGAAAAUGCCACUUGCGGGUCUCAAACAUUUCGCGUUAUCCUACAUUGCUUACAAGUACGGAUAUACCGAACAUGUUUUUGCAGAUGGUUCUGUUACACAGACCUCUUCCGCGGCAGCUUACACGGUACCUGCAAUGGGGAUUACGCAGCGGUUCAAGAUAGGACACAAAACAUCGUCUACAGCAGCUGAGUUGACCGGCAUUCGAGAAGCAGUCCGCUGCAUACUACAACAAAACCUCGCUAACUGGACAGUGUUCUGCGACUCAAAACCGGCGCUGCAACUCAUAAGCAAUUAUAUGAAUCCCAGAAGCGCAUAUAGCCCUCUAAUCUACGACAUCAUGGCUCUGCUCACCGAGGCGUCUCAAUCCGGACAUACCAUUGCACUGCAGUGGAUUCCCAGCCACUGUGGAAUAGCCGGAAAUGAGCAGGUUGACGCGGAAGCAAAAAUUGCGCACACUGACGGGAAGAUUAUAAAACUUCCCUUUUGCCGUUAUGACAUCAACGCCUUGCUACACAACUCCAUCAAAACGUCUAUGGAGCGACAAUGGGACAACCCCGAACAUCGGCAAGAGCGCCUCUAUAGACUUGACGCCGGCUUGCGAUUCCGACUUCCACUUCGGAUGCAGAGAGGCCAGGAAACACUAAUCCAUCGAUUACGGCUUGGUGUGGCGUACACUCGCAAAUAUCUUCACAAGAUUGGACGAGAACGGGACCCUGAUUGUAGCGUCUGUCACACUCCCGAGACAAUAGAACACAUACUUUGCGUGUGCCCUCAAUAUGCG